AUGAAGUCAACAGAGCCACCUCCAGACGGUCCAACGCCUUCAGAAGCCGAGGCCGAGGAGGAGGUGGGCGAUGCACCGCAGGCACACGAGCGGAUUAGCCGCAUCCUGGACAUUGUGAACGGGAGCUCCAAGGUGCAGAAAGCCGCGUCGACUGGGCGGAAGAAGGCACAAAGCAAACAACACGGCAAGUCUCGCAAGGAGGAGAAUGUGCCUUCUGAAGGAGGCCCGGCAACGGCCAAGAGCACGGAGAAAGGCCAAGGAAAGGGCAAAAGCGCCGGCCUUCCGCCGGACAAAGGCGGCAACAGUGCAGUUUUGCAGAUCAGAGGCAAAUCAGAGGGCGUGCAGCCUUCAGAUGGUGACGGCAAAGGAAAGGUGUGGAUCAAAAAGAGUGACAUUGUGAAGGAGGAGAUCAACGGGAGGACGGGCCUGAGUGCCCACGCCAAGGAGUUCACUCCCUUCGCAGCAGAGCUCAAGCCAAGCCGAUCAGCCAUCAAUGCCGAAGCGCCGGCAUUUGUACCUCAGCUUGAGGUCUCCAAGUAUCCCAACGAAGCGCCGGACCUCUACAUGGAGGCCGAGGCGGUCUUCGGAUAUCCGGAACAUGGCGAACAGCUCGACCACUUUCAGGAUCCAGGAUGGUCCUAUCCAGUCUUUUGGCCCAGUGACAGCCAGGUGCCCAGCGCCGAGUCUGAUUUUCCGGAGGUUGUCCCUGGGGCGCGCGAAGGCGAGUUCGUUGGGCUUCAGAGCAUCGCCGAGAUGGGCGAGUGGGUCGUCUUCCGUGAGAAGAAGCCGAAAGCCAGGCCUUUCUUCUGGAACAUGUCCACCGGCGAGAAGUCCUGGGAAGCCCCUGUGAUCCUGCAGGAGCUUGGGGUGGCAGACACGCUGCUAAAGUGGUCGGAGGACCUUGGCGAGACAGGUAUCGAGCCGAGCCCAGAUGCCCGGCACCCGUCAGAGAUCGAGAAGAGCUCAGGCUUGGGCCUCAGCCUCCUUGGGUCUCAGGCUGAGAUCCUGGAAGGCAGCCGGAGACCACAAAAUGUCUUUCCAGGAGAUCCAAAAAUUCAGUGGGUUGACGGCAACACGCCGACGUUCAUCUUGAAGCACAACAGCAAGGCCGGAGGAACCUUCUCUCGCGUGCUGCUCAAAGCAGUUUUCAAAAAUCGAGCACAUCUCCAAUAUAUCGACGACGACAAUAUCUUGCCUCCGAACGCCACAAAGUUCCACUUCGUAGCAGUGUUGAUGAGGAAUCCCUGUGCCUGGUACGUGGCCUGGGCCAACGAGUGCCCGACCAAGGCAUAUGACUUCCGCCGACCCACUUUUGGUCCGAAUCCGUUUCAGCCAAUGGGAUAUCUCGAACGCCACACGACGCAGCAGGAGUUUCAGGACUUUGUACUGAACACUCGAUCCCCGGAUGGGAUUGGAGUCAUCGGCUUCUAUUUCUGGCAAUCGAUAAUCGCGCCGGUAUGCCACUUGUGGCACCAGAGGCAAGCCGAGGGCAAGAAAGUGUAUGAAGGGGCAACACCAGAGAGGUGCAACAGCACUGAUCGUAUCCGACAGGACCUUGCGGCCGCUGACCCGCGCAAGCUAGCGCACUGCUGGAUCUUUCAGGAGACGUUGAUGGAUGACCUGCGGGAGUGCUUACUUGCUUACGAGCAGCUGAUCCUUCCGGGUGCGAUCGAUUGGGACUUGUUCAACGCAGCCGCUGCAAACAAAAGUGGAGAGGGACUUUUCUUCGAACGUGCCUGGAACGUUGCACGCUGGGCGGCACCGUCGCUGCAGAUCCGCCGACACAAGCCCUGUGCAGAGCACUUCCAGGAUCCUGCUAUGACACGAAUCGUGCGGGCUGCCGACCCGGGCUACAGGGCCAAUUCCCUGUACUUGGGCCUGCAGGCGCUCCCAACAGGCGCCCCUUGUGCGCCUAUCGGAUCCUAUCGGUCGAACGACCUUGAGGCUGUGACCUUCGUCCUACUGGCGUCGAUGUGCUGUUUUAUUGUCGGCAUUGCAGGGGUCCAAGGCAAUUUUCUCGUGCCAGCGGAGGCUGAUCCUUGUUCUGUUUUUCUGGCCCGUGGCACCGCCGGUCGAGCCAUCCGCAGCAGGGCGCGGCUUCUUCUCUCGGCACGGCGCUGCAUGGGCGGGUCCCAGCAAGGCUCUGCGCCAUUUGAGAUUACGAGGGCCGCAGAGACAGCUUGGUGCUCAGGUGUCACCGCAGCUGUUCUGUCAGAUAAGGGCGUUGGCCUACGCUGUCACUGCAAAGCUUCGCUGCAGGAACUCCUCGUGGCCUUCGGGAAACGAGAUGCCCCAGGACUCUCUGAGCAUGAGCGACAUCGAAUUGCGGCCGAGGACGUCGAGCCUUUGUUGGAAUUGUUGCAAGAGGCGGUCAGUGCCAGCGGCCAAGCUGCGGCCGCUCUGCACCACGCCGCACGGAGCCAGGUGGAGGGAGGCGCCUCAGACGCUUCAGCCGAGGAGGUCAAGAGCUUGUUCCAAGCUGCUGAUUUCGUGGAACAAGAUGCCCAGCUCAAGGCAGAGCUCGUCUCCGGCUUAUCACAGCGGUCCGAGUCGGACCAAAUGACGGCAGUCCAAGUGAUGUGGAGUGCCAGGCCAUGGCUGGAGCACCCGGCGAUCUCAAAGGACCUUCCGACUCUGGUCCUGUCACUACCGCUUGUAGCGUCUGAGUGA